AUGCCGAGUGUUAUCUGCGGAGCUUACAUACUGUCAACAGACGCUGGAAGACGCCAGCGCAAUAAGAGAGAAGACUCCGUCAAUGAUUCAGUUGGAACUUUCUCAGCGAAGCAGCCGGAUCUUGAGAACAGUAGCCCUGCGUCUAAUGAUUCCCCUGAGCUCACGGCACCUGCAUUUAUCUAUCCUAGCGAUGUACUGCGUAUUUUGAAAGCACUCAAGUGCUCAACUUCCGCUACAAUUGAUGGGAUUCCGCAGAUUGUAUACAAGAGAUGUGCGCACUCCCUGUACAGACCACUAACAAUGAUCUUCAAUGCCUCGCUGCUGUUCUCUGAAGUUCCUUCACUGUGGAAGGAAUCCAUUGUAACUGCUAUCCCAAAAACCAGUGAUGCUAUUCUACUGUCAUCUUUUCGUCCAAUUAGCAUUACCCCGCCUCCAGUCAAAAUAGACUUGGAUACUCCACUAGUGACAAAUGCGGAAAGCGAGACACCCGGUUUAAAGAAGAUUUUGUUCUCCAAAGGUGAAAUUCGAUAA